AUGCCAACCUCUCCUGCCUCGGCCGAUUCUUCGGCUCCAGUUUCUCCUGCCUUUUCACCUUUCUCGCUGUCGCGAUUGCAGCCCAAGUUUUCCAGCUCUGUUUCCUCUCUGAUCCCGCCGCCUGGCAUGGGCAUCUCCAUGGAACGCACGGGCUCCUUGCCAAUUCAAUUGCGCGAGGUGAAAGAGGAGACCUACAACAGACCAUGCAGAAUCCUCGAAAAUGACUAUUUUGAAGGCUAUUUCCUCGACCAGUUCACCGGCGAGCCCCAUGAGAUGGUGAAUGAUGACCACUACUUGGCUGAAAACAUCUACAACAUGGACUACUCCAGGCAACGUUCCGAGAGCUUGUCGUCCAGAGGUCUUCCCCGAUUUGGCUCCACAAUUUCUUCCAUGUCUUCGCGCUGGAAAUCGAAACGGUCAUUCGAGAGCGAUGCCUCACUCAUGAACAGUUUGCGGUCCCGAGCCAGUUCCACCUCGUCAGCCAUGCGCAAGACUGUUUCAUCCGAAGACGCUCGGCCUCCCCAUCGGCUUUCUCACGAAUCGACGCGCCUCAGCAACCGUAGCCUGGGCGUCAUUGACAUUGAGAAAGCAAACCGCGCAAGCAUGGACGACGAAGCCGAGCUGGAAGCCAAGCCUAGCACGCCGCUGCUUCCCCCCACGUUAAAUACUUAUCAAACCUCGGCGCCCGACUCCGGGGUUGCUUCGCCUUUGCAGUCCCCGUCGGUUGCAGACGUGUCCGAGUUGAAUGAUUUCCCCGCAAUUCCGAGCACGCGCAGCUCUACCCAUCGCUCUCCCCCUUUGUCAUCCAAGCCGUCAAUGACGUCGUUGAACAGAGCCAGAGGAGCCACCCUGCGCACCAUAUCUGGCGAAGGCGUUCCCCCUCUGGUGAUUUCAGAAGGCGACGAUGAAUGGGCAUCCAAACUGGGACACGCCAAUUUCAGUAUUCACCCAGAACCGUAUAUCCCUGAGACGAUUGAUGCUUUUGCCUUUCAGAGAUUCCGGGAGAACUGGCUGCUCGCCCGUUGCAAUUAUGCCAAGCACCUGGUGCGCACCGGCGAACACUAUGGGGAAACCUCAAUGAUCUAUCAGUUCACCAAGGACAAACUAGACGCGAUUGAGACCGAAUGGAAGCAAAAUUUCGAAGCGUUUGCUGCCAAUGAUGUUCAGCUUGUGGCUACUCUAAGUGCAACCGAGCAGGCAUGCAGUGAAAGCAUCAAGGUCCCUCAUCUGUACAACAACGAAAAGUUCCCCGAACUCGGCGACGAAGAAAUCGUGGGACCAAUGUCAGUUGGACCAGCGCUCCAGAGCCCGACUAGAAGCAGGUCUCCGCGGCGCCGCAAUGUCUUUCAAAUCUUGCACGACCUCGUCAACCGAACACAGCCCCAAGUGACUGCGGCUCAGGCCUAG